GAUCUGGGUGAAAAUAUGGGCUGUAAUGAUAUAAGAAAACGGGAAAAUGUUUAUUUUCACAUUCCAUGGCAAUAUAUCCUCGCUGUUGUCAUAUCACUGCCACUGUGCGGAUUUUUAUUGUGUGUAUUGUUGUCGCUCGCGUUUCAUUUCGAGGGCACCACACGAACCCAUUGUAAGGUUCCAAAUUACCUGCCGUCAAUCAGUGCUGCCAUAGGGGACUUUAGGCCAGAGGUGUACAUAUGGAGGAUUUGUAUAGCUUUGCACUGUGCUCCACGCUUCAUGUUUGCAGUGAUCUAUUACAACUUCCACACAUCUUAUCAUGUCCGAAAGUUCACCUUGUUCAAAGUUCUGGCCGCGGCAGCAAGCUCUCUUCAUGUUGUUGAAAACUUUUCAUUGGUUGGACUGACCUACAUUUCAUCAUCAGAAAAUUAUGAUUUGCAUGAAAACUGCUUCAUUUUGUUCAUGGUUUGUUCGCUGGUGUACAUGCUCUUGACAUGCAUCUUGUUCCAGUGGGAAAAGACAGAAUUCAGCAUGUCUGCUACAGUUUUAAGAUCAUUAAAGUACAAGAGGCUGCUGUUCGUGACAAACCUUGGCAGUUUUUUGUUGGCAGUGUAUUUUUUCUUCCGUCACAGUCAAUACUGUGAACCAGGGGUGUAUACAAUAUUCUCCUUCCUUGAGUAUAUCACCGUGACUACGAAUAUUUUAUUCCAUGGAACCAUUGUUCUUGAUUUGGAGGGUUAUGCCCUAGUUGUCGGACCAGUGGAGAAAUUCAAGUCCAAGAGCUGAUGCUGAAAACAGGAGUUCUCCUUUGUGUUCAAUCUGUGUUAAUUCUUUGAACAGCUGAUUUUUAAGCCCUUAAAGUGAAAGACUGCAUCUGACUAAUGUUUAUAUCCAUUGAAAGACUACCGUUCUUAAAUAUUCUUAUAGAUUUUUUUCAACCCAGUAGAAAUUCAGUGAAACUUCGUCUUGACACAGCUUCAGCAGGUCUCCAUUAUCGACAACAAGGUGACGUCAUGGUUACUCACUGCUUAGGCUGUGCAAUCUGAUAGAAACGUUUUUGAUUGGAUAAAAUUCUCUAGGUGUCUCCCUCAA